CAGCGUGCAGGACCAGAGCUCAGGGAGCGAGUGACUGUCUCUUUAAAUGCCAGGGGCUGCGCUCCCGCCCGGGAGCCGGGAGCCGGGAGCCGGAUCUACAAUCCCGUCCUUCCCGCUCCGGCGCUUGUUGCUCGCCGGCCCGAGUGGGAGCUGCCGCCGCCGCCGCCGAGGCCGCCGCCGGGAAGCGAGGGUGCCGCCUGCCGCUGCGCCCGACUCCCCCGAUUCCCCCGAGAGCUGUGUGCAGCGGGGCCCCGCGCUAGCAGGGCGCGCCGGCGCGGGGUGAGUCGAUCCGACCCCCGCCCCGAUCCGCAAGUCUGGGGGCGCCACGCAGCCGCGGGGGAGACAUGCGUCGCCGCCCCCUGCCCAGCCCUGGCACCGCCCGCGCCGGGAGAGGAGGGAGCGCGGAGCCGGCGCCUGCACACUCGCCCUAGAAGUCUCGGGGUGCAGCGGGGCCCCCUAGCCCGCGGCCUGCACCUCCCGCCGUGCGGCGGCGCAGGUGGCCUGAGCCCCUGGCCGCGGACCUGUGCCAAUGACCCUAGUGGUAGUUUCGCUUUCUCCGCUGUCUGCUCCUCUCGCCGCCGCCUGAACCAGAGACCAUAACGUGAUGGGCAACCAGGUGGAGAAACUGACCCACCUAAGUUACAAGGAAGUUCCCACCGCCGACCCGACCGGCGUGGACCGGGACGACGGGCCCCGCAUCGGGGUCUCCUACAUCUUCUCCAAUGACGACGAGGAUACCGAGCCACAGCCUCCGCCCCAGGGUUUGGAGGGUGGUGGGGCGCCCGACGUUGAGGACGGGCCACAACCCCCUCCGCCGCAGCCCUACGACCCGCGGCUGCACGAGGUGGAGUGCUCCGUUUUCUAUCGGGAUGAGUGCAUCUACCAAAAGAGCUUUGCGCCCGGCUCGGCGGCGCUGAGCACCUACACACCGGAGAACCUGCUCAACAAGUGCAACCCUGGUGACUUGGUGGAGUUCGUGUCACAGGCACAGUACCCGCACUGGGCAGUGUACGUGGGCAAUUUCCAGGUGGUGCACUUGCACCGGCUGGAGGUGAGCAACAGCUUCCUGACUGACGCGAGCCAGGGCCGCCGCGGCCGCGUGGUGAACGACCUGUACCGCUACAAGCCGCUGAGCCCCAGCGCGGUAGUGCGCAAUGCGCUGGCGCACGUGGGCGCCAAGGAGCGUGAGCUCAGCUGGCGCAACUCGGAGAGCUUUGCCGCCUGGUGCCGCUAUGGCAAGCGAGAAUUCAAGAUCGGAGGGGAGCUGCGGAUAGGCAAACAGCCCUACCGCUUGCAGAUUCAGCUCUCGGCUCAGCGCAGUCAUACGCUGGAGUUCCAGAGUCUGGAGGACCUCAUUAUGGAGAAGCGGCGCAAUGACCAGAUCGGGCGCGCUGCCGUGCUGCAGGAGCUCGCCAUGCAUCUGCACCCGACUGAGCCAGAUGAGGGCGACAGCAGCACAGCUCGGACUACUCCGCCUUCCAGGCACCCUCGGGAGCCGGGCUCUGAGGAGGAGGACAGAGAUGUGGAGCCACACUGAAGGUUUUGGAGCUGAGCACAGAGUUGCAAAAUAGCCUUUUGCAGCAAGCGCUUUCCCCUUCCUCUUCUCCCUCCCUCCCGGAUCACUUUCUGGCCCCCUCUGGGAUUCCUGGGCCCUUUGGAAAACGGAGUGUUGAUUAAACACAGUCGGCUGGCUAUGGACUGGGGAGGAGGAAGGGGACAGGGAGGCAGGUAGGAGCACCUAUGGUGGACGCUGGCAUUUCUUUCUUCCCCUUUCCGUCUUCCUUUCUGUGGUGGGGCAGACCGUGGACUUGAGACUUAAUCUGUGCCGAGUUUGGAUCCAAAGUUGACCCUUAUGCAAGCAAGGUUGAAAAAAAGUUCAGAGUGUCUGUGUCUGCCUUGCCUUCUCUGGCUUUGCUUUGCCCUUGAGCUCUGAGGAUUCUAUGUAAGAAGGCCAAAGGCGGGUGAGGAGGCCCAACCUUGGGCCUGAGAGCUGUUUAUCUUUUCUCUCUGCUGAGCUGGGCCUGGAAUCAGGAAGACUAGUAUGAUUUAUUAGAUGGGAUUCCUGGGGCGCAGGGCUGGUGAAUCCAAGAUCAGGCCUGGGAGCAGCAGACUCCUGUUAAAUGUAACAAAUAGUUGAACAAACUCUGGCAACAGAUACUUACUACCUCCCUCCUCUCCAUCCCCUAGUAAUUCAGCUGCUGGCUGCUCAGGGAGCCUCUGCUCCAUGUGCCCCUUCGGUUCCGAGUAAAUCACUGUCAAAGGCCAGCCUCAGAAAGGAUUCAAUUCAGAUCCUGAGCUGCGGCCUCCUUUGUUUUUCUGCCUGCUGCUGUAGGCACUUGGAGUAGUGUCAUUUGUUAUCCCAGGAGGGGAUCGCCCUGUGUCACCAAUCUAAUGCUUGUCUGUGUUCAUGGCCAGGUCUACAGAUGGGGAUGGCCAGUGCCACCUGGCGUGGUGCCCCCUAGGGAGACAGCUCAGUAGUGCUGCUCUGUCCUGUUAGUCUCUCCGUGCUGUCCCAUCCUGAUUGGGGAUGGUAACCCUUUUUGUGAUCAAAACUGUGUUAUGGAUUCCUUUGAAUUUUUAAUGUUUCCUUCCAUUUACUGGGCCAUCUCCCUGACCCUCCCUCCCUGGCUGUAAAACCUGGGGCGUGAGACACAUUUCAGUGGUAAGCUACUUGUUUUGCUAGAGCCCCCCCCCCCUUGCAGGUUAAUUCAGGGUGUCAUGGCUUGGUGUGGUGGGCAGUUUCCUUUAGGAGAGAUGACCUGAGUCUCCACUGCCACCUGGUGUGAUCAGCCAGGUUCAGUGUGCUUUGGUAAGAGUCCUCACACCAUUCCCAUGGGUUCCCUGGAUUGCAGAGUGCUGCCCUGCCACCCAUUAUCAAUAUGGUCUCAAAGCCUGAGUAAAAACUGCAGGGGUUUUUUCUCCCCUCUUGAGGAGUUACUGUAAACUACACUGGACAGUUCAUUUUGUGACCUGAUUUUUAUAGUUAAAAUUGACUUAUGUUUGAACACUCUGCAACCCUGGUCAUCCCUGGGUUUCUUGGUUGGAAAUUUCUAGAGCAAACAAAACUAGGAAGAUUUUCUCAUAUAUUUACCUAUUUUAGACAUGGAAAUUGCGGCCAUAAGUUUUAAAAGUCUGGAUCUUCAUAGCACCUCCCUCAGCGUGGAAACCCUUCCCGAGUAAGCCCUCAGUGGUGUCUGGUUGUGUCCCUGAUUUUGGUAGUGAUGUCACACAGGUGCCAUGCCUUGGAUUGUCAAGGUGAACCACAUUCUAACCCUGGUCAGGGAAGACAGUUGAUGUCCUGAUGGAAAGUAGUUCUGCUUGCCCUGUUUCACAGCCUCCCAAAUAUAUGUGUUUAUAUUCCCUUGGCCAUGAAGAGACAGGCCAAGGUAAACAUGGGGUGGAGACCUUCAGGAGGCCGGACCUGGACAGACAUGGGCUAGCCAAGUUGGAAGUAUUGAGCACUCCGCACUCCAUGGAGUAAGGAGGCAGGGAGUGGCCCUGGGACCGGUGAGCCCCUUUUCGGCUCCUGCAUCCCUGUAUCGUUCGUCUGCCUCCGGGGAAGAGCUGUAGUAGAUACAACCCAAGACCAGCAUUUAUCUUUAGAGAAGGUGUGAUUACAAGGCUUAAAAAUGAGCUAGCUCUGUUGGAGAUGCUGGUUUUGGGAGCACAGUGGCAGUGUCUCUGCAAGAUAUCAAGAGAGGGAGACUCUGAGACACAGGAUCAGAGUGUGUGCUUAGGUGUCAGACGCUUACUAAGUAACAGCUACCUGGAAAGGGCUGCAAGAAAGGGGAAUCAGUAAUUCAUGGUUCUUUCCUAAAGAUGGCAGUGUUAUGGACAAGUAAUUUUUUUUAAAUGCCCUGGCAAUGGCUAUAUCCAGCACUUUAGGACAAAAUAAGUAUAUUUAAUAAUUUUUGUUUUUCCCUAGGAAUAAGACUUUAGAACAGUUUUGUACUGUGAAUUACGAAUGCUCUUUGAAGGAAAGAAAUAUCGAUUCCAACAUUCUUCAGAAGCUGUGGCAGGGAUUAGCAGGAUAUUGACUGGAAUAUAUGCGAAAGGAAACCAGACAAAUUCUAUUUUCUUACUGAGCAAAUAUUUUAUAGAGACUGCUUAUGUAUUUCAGAGGAGCCCACAACUUCGACUAUACAAUGUUUUGUAUCGAAAGAACUCCUGCUUUUUGUAGCUUUUAUUCCUCAUUUAAUUUAAAAUGACUUUAACACUAAAUGCCUCUCAGAAAACUUUAUUCCAGACUUUAAGAAAAUUUUUAGUUUUUUGAGAAAUGAGACAUUAAUGUGGUUGACCUUCUCCUGUGUUUGGAGCUUCUGACCCUGAUAGCAUCACUGAACAACAGCGCGACCACAUGGAAACAUAUUUUUUGGAAGCAGAACUUUAAUUUUUUUAAGACAUAUGCUAUGGAGAGCUAAGAAAAUUUAAGGACUACUUGUUUUCUAUUUUCUUUUUUUCUUAAAAAAAUGGGAUCCACUGUGUUGAAGACUCUUGAUGAUUAUGUAUUUGUCUAACCUAUUUUUUAAUACAGUCUAGCGUGAUCAUGGUCAUAAAAUAAAUUUGGAAAGUUAGAUUUCCUUUGUGAGUUUUUUUUUAAAAUCAGAAUUAACUAUAAACAUGACUGGUUUAUUCGGUUUUUCAUUAUAUUUUGUUCUUAGCUAUACUACUGGUGACCCAUGAAAAUUACAUUAACUUACAGGAUAGACGUCAGUGCAUUUUAUUUCCCAAUGAGUUGUAUAAACUUUAUUUUUCUUGAAGGUUAUAUGUUAAAUCAGUUAUGUUCUUAUAGUACUUCUUGAAAAGGAAGUUCCAAUUUGACAUUGUAUCAUUUCCUUCAAAAUGAAGGGCAGUGCUUAGAUAAAUAAAAGAUUGAUGAUCUUUUAAACCAUUUCCUCUUUACUAUGUCUUACUAAAAUAAAACCUGUCAAGCUUUUUUCAAAAAUGUUAUAAGCGUUUCCAAUAAACCAUCUUAUUAGCGUUCACUGAAUGUA